AUGGAGAUUGAUUCAGGGAGAUCCCCUGAACCCCACGGCCUCUCUCUGAUCACCGACCCAGAGUCAAUACCAACCCUAGAUGGCUGGAUCGAGAGCCUCAUGAGCUGCAAACAGCUGGCGGAGAUCGAUGUUCAGAGAUUAUGUGAUCGGGCUAGGGAGGUCCUACAGGAAGAGUCGAACGUUCAGCCAGUGAAAUGUCCAGUAACAGUUUGUGGAGAUAUCCAUGGCCAAUUCCAUGACUUGAUGGAGUUAUUCCGGAUCGGUGGCCCUAAUCCAGAUACAAACUACCUGUUCAUGGGCGACUACGUCGACCGUGGCUACUACUCCGUCGAGACAGUCACCCUUCUCGUUGCCCUUAAGAUCCGUUACCCCGGACGUAUCACAAUCUUAAGAGGAAAUCACGAAUCACGUCAGAUAACGCAAGUUUAUGGUUUCUACGACGAAUGCCUGCGCAAGUAUGGCAAUGCAAAUGUUUGGAAAUAUUUUACCGAUCUCUUCGAUUUCCUCCCUCUCACCGCUCUCAUCGACAAUCAGAUCUUCUGUCUUCACGGAGGACUCAGUCCUUCAAUCGAUACGCUGGAUAAUAUCAGAUCCCUAGAGCGUAUACAGGAAGUCCCACAUGAAGGCCCCAUGUGUGAUCUCCUCUGGAGCGACCCAGACGACAGGUGCGGCUGGGGCAUCUCUCCUCGUGGCGCCGGAUAUACCUUUGGACAGGAUAUCUCAGAGGCUUUCAACCACAACAACGGCCUGACCCUGGUCGCGAGAGCACAUCAGCUAGUGAUGGAAGGCUAUAAUUGGUCUCAGGAUCGGAAUGUAGUAACUAUAUUCUCUGCUCCAAAUUACUGCUAUAGGUGCGGGAACCAAGCUGCGAUCAUGGAAAUAGACGAAAAUCUCAAGUAUACUUUCCUCCAAUUCGACCCUUGUCCUCGCGCAGGAGAACCAAUGGUCUCCCGUCGCACGCCCGACUACUUCCUGUAG